GCGAGAUGAUGAGGCGAGAGACUGGCGACACAAGCUAAGCUGUACCGGCAGUGAGUGAGCGCUCGUGCUGUCGGUGCCUGUCAGUGUAUGGUGUUAGCGUUAGCGCUCGCGCGCGUCAGCGGGACACACAGCAAGCUCUCGUGAGCGUCAGCUUCUUCGCGCGGUUCUUCAUUUGCACAGAGAACAAAAGGGGUGUAAUUUAAGGGUUACUAAUGUGAACAAUACCAUUCCUGUAGCUUGUGCGUGUACGUGUGCGGACGGAUCAUAUUGCUAAGCCAGGAGUGCAAGACGAGCAGGUGACGCCAUGUCUGCCAAAGCCAUCUCUGAGCAGACGGGGAAGGAGUUCCUGUAUAAACACAUCUGUACGACGGCGGCCGUUCAGAACCGCUUCCUGUACGCCAGCGUCACAGCCGAGACCGACUGGGAGCGACUCACAAAGGACCACCCAUGGCUCCUUACUCAGCGAUUGGUCGUGAAGCCUGAUCAGCUGAUCAAGCGCAGGGGAAAGCUGGGACUGGUGGGCGUCGACCUGGACCUCCAGGGCGUUCGUGAUUGGCUGAAGUCGCGCAUGAUGACAGAAACUACAGUCGGAAAGGCGAAGGGAAUCCUGAAGAAAUUCCUUAUCGAGCCGUUUGUGCCACACUCGCAGGAGGAGGAGUUUUACAUGUGCAUCUAUGCCACGCGUGACGGAGACCACGUGCUUUUCCAUCACGAAGGCGGCGUGGACGUCGGGGACGUCGACGACAAAGCGCGGCGCCUGGCGGUCGGCGUGGACGAGAAACUUGCUGCGGCCUCCGUGACCGAACAGCUGCUCGCACAUGUUCCUGACGAGAAGAAGGAAGUUCUGGCCAGUUUUAUUGUCGGACUCUUUAACCUGUACGAGGAUUUGUACUUCACCUACCUUGAGAUCAACCCACUCGUUGUCACGCAGGAAGGUGUGUACGUUCUGGACAUGGCGGCCAAAAUCGAUGCCACGGCGGAUUUCAUCUGUAAACCGAAGUGGGGCGACGUUGAGUUCCCUCCUCCGUUUGGCCGAGAAGCCUAUCCUGAGGAAGCCUACAUAGCAGAUCUGGAUGCUAAGAGCGGCGCGAGUCUCAAACUCACCCUGCUGAACCCCAGAGGGCGGAUCUGGACCAUGGUGGCAGGAGGAGGGGCCUCCGUCGUCUACAGUGACACCAUCUGUGAUCUGGGCGGAGUGGAUGAGCUGGCGAACUACGGCGAGUACUCCGGCGCACCGAGCGAACAGCAGACGUACGACUACGCCAAGACCAUCCUCUCGCUCAUGACUCGCGAGAAACACCCUGACGGUAAAGUUCUGAUCAUCGGAGGAAGCAUCGCUAACUUCACCAACGUAGCAGCUACUUUUAAAGGCAUAGUGAGGGCCAUUAAGGACUAUCAGGGUCCUCUGAAGGAGCAUGAGGUGACUAUUUUUGUGCGUCGAGGAGGACCGAAUUACCAAGAAGGCCUGCGGGUGAUGGGUGAAGUCGGAAAGACCACCGGGAUUCCCAUCCACGUGUUCGGCACAGAGACUCACAUGACCGCCAUCGUCGGCAUGGCGCUUGGACAUCGCCCCAUCCCGAAUCAGCCUCCGGUCGCCGCCCACACCGCCAACUUCCUGCUUAAUUCGAGUAGCAGUGCCGCGACUCCAGCAGCUACCAGAACGGCUUCAUUUUCUGAGCACAGACCUAACAAUGAUGUCACACCGGCUAAAAAGCCCAAACCUGGAGUCCCACCAGCGUGCUCUCUCUACCAAACUUGGUCAGUGACGAGUGCACGCAGCACCGCUGUCAAAGAGCAUAGCAGCACAGCAGAUCGGAGCCGAGCUAAAGCUACCGCUCUGUUCAGUAAACACACUAAGACUAUAGUGUGGGGGAUGCAGACUCGAGCGGUUCAGGGAAUGCUGGACUUCGACUACGUUUGUUCUCGUGAAGAGCCCUCCGUAGCCGCCAUGGUUUAUCCGUUUACAGGAGACCACAAGCAGAAGUUCUACUGGGGUCAUAAGGAGAUCCUGUUACCCGUUUAUAAGAACAUGGCCGACGCCAUGAAGAAGCACCCGGAAGUGGACGUCCUGAUCAGCUUUGCGUCUCUGCGCUCGGCCUUCGACAGCACCAUGGAGACCAUGAACUACCCGCAGAUCCACACUAUCGCGAUCAUAGCCGAGGGAAUUCCUGAGGCGCUCACACGGAAACUCAUCAAAACCGCAGAUGAGAAGGGGGUCACCAUCAUCGGCCCAGCUACGGUGGGCGGGAUUAAGCCGGGCUGCUUUAAGAUCGGGAACACUGGCGGGAUGCUGGACAACAUCCUAGCAUCGAAGCUGUAUCGCCCAGGCAGCGUGGCAUACGUGUCCCGCUCGGGCGGCAUGUCUAACGAGCUCAACAACAUCAUCUCGCGCUCCACAGACGGCGUGUAUGAGGGCGUGGCCAUCGGAGGGGACAGGUAUCCCGGCUCGACGUUCAUGGAGCACGUGCUGCGUUAUGAGGACACGCCCGGGGUGAAGAUGAUCGUGGUGCUGGGAGAGAUCGGCGGUACAGAGGAGUAUAAGAUCUGUGAGGGCAUUAAAGAGGGCAGGAUCACUAAACCUGUGGUGUGCUGGUGUAUCGGUACCUGCGCUACACUCUUCUCCUCUGAGGUGCAGUUUGGUCACGCAGGCGCGUGCGCUAAUCAGACCUCGGAGACGGCCGUGGCGAAGAACAUGGCCCUGCACGAGGCCGGAGUUUACGUCCCCAGGAGCUUCGACGAGCUCGGAGACGUCAUCAGGACGGUGUAUGAUGACCUGGUGGCGAGUGGCGUUAUUGUUCCAGCACAGGAAGUUCCCCCUCCCACAGUGCCGAUGGACUACUCCUGGGCCAGGGAGCUGGGUCUGAUCCGUAAGCCGGCCUCCUUCAUGACGAGUAUCUGUGACGAGCGGGGACAGGAGCUGAUCUACGCCGGGAUGCCCAUCACUGAGGUCUUCAAGGAGGAGAUGGGUUUAGGCGGGGUUCUCGGCCUGCUCUGGUUCCAAAGAAGGUUGCCCCGUUACGCGUGUCAGUUCAUCGAGAUGUGUCUGAUGGUGACGGCGGAUCACGGCCCCGCUGUGUCUGGAGCUCAUAACACCAUCGUGUGCGCUCGCGCCGGGAAAGACCUCGUCUCCAGCCUGACAUCCGGCCUGCUCACCAUCGGCGAUCGGUUCGGUGGUGCUCUGGACGCAGCUGCUAAACAGUUCAGUAAAGCGUUUGACAGCGGCGUGCUGCCCAUGGAGUUCGUCAACAAGAUGAAGAAGGACGGAAAACUCAUCAUGGGCAUCGGACACCGCGUCAAAUCGAUUAAUAAUCCAGAUAUGAGGGUGCAGAUCCUGAAGGACUUUGUGAAGCAGCAUUUUCCCGCCACACAGCUGCUGGACUACGCUCUCGACGUCGAGAAGAUCACCACCUCCAAGAAGCCGAAUCUGAUCCUGAACGUGGACGGUUUUAUCGGCGUGGCAUUUGUGGACUUGUUGCGAACGUGUGGAGGAUUCACUCGAGACGAGGCGGAUGAGUUUGUGGAAAUCGGCGCUCUGAACGGGAUUUUCGUACUGGGACGCAGCAUGGGCUUCAUCGGUCACUACCUGGACCAGAAGCGAUUGAAACAGGGCCUGUACCGCCACCCGUGGGACGACAUCUCCUAUGUGCUUCCUGAGCACAUGUCCAUGUAACCGUCAUGGCCGCCGCGUUCUGUCUCGAACCUGUUUCACUUGGCGGUGGAGGGAGGAUGAAGUGCGCUGUUUAUAUUCACGUGAAGAUUAGGGAACACUUAUUUAACGUCCGCCGCUGCGUCUCAUGCACACACACACACUAGUCAACUUCCCCUGGCACCUUAUAAGUGUGCUUCAGCCUCUCUCUCUCUCUCUCUCUCUCUCUCUCACACACUCACACACUCACACACACACACACACACACACACACACACACUCUCUCUCUCUCCAACAGCAAGAACACUGCAGUAUCAUUACAGCCUGCUAACAUGCAAGCAUGAUAACCAACUGGUUUACUAACUAGCUUCCUGUUAGCUAGCGUACUGAACAACUGGUUUCCUAACUUCCUAUGUAGCUAAUUACUUAACCUGAACUAGCUGUCUUAAUAACAGCUACUCAGCUGGAUAACUAGCGUCUAGUGUAAUCACUAACUGUGUUGCUAAUUAACUAGCUUGAGAACUAGUAGACUUGCUGUCAAGCUACCGUGAUGACUAGCCAGCUUGAUAACUGUCUUCCUGCUAGUUUUCAAUUUAGCUAGCAUGAUCACUAGCUGGUUUUGAUACUGAACUGUUUUUGUUCCUGAACUAGUAGGCUUGCUCACUAGCCGUUCCGAUGAUUACGCAAGCUAAUUGGAAGCUAGUUAUCACUUUGGCUAGAGUUGCUUUUUUUUUUUUUUUUUUUAACUAAUUCUUUUUCUGAACUAAUUACCUUCCUUGAUAACUAGUUUCCUGUUAGCUAGGGUAAUAAGUAGCUGGCUUCAUGACCAACUGACUUGUUUUCAGCUUGUUUUUGAAGCUAAUUUUCAGAGUAGCUUGUUAGCAAGAGUACUAGUUCACAAAAAAAAAAACAGCCGGCUAUGAAACCAGACAGUAAUUUACACUAGCCGAUAAAAUUGUCAGUAACAGCUGGCCAGCUUGAUAAACAUUUUAAGCAUUUAUAAAUUGUGCCAGAUCAGAGCAAGGCAUUCUGGGUCAUUUUUGUUCUUGAAGUUCACUGCGAGGGGAAGUGGAUGAGGGUGCGUGAAAAGCAGGAUUGGGACGCGGCCAAGAUAACUCGGUUACGGAGAGGAAGCAGUGACGUGAAGGACAGAUUCUGAUAACACUAACACACACACACACACACACACACACACACAUUUACCUGCUGUACUCCAUAAUGGAUAUAAUGAAAGCAGCUCACACACUCCCAGCUGAAACUGGAAAAUGAUUUAAUUUAACGUCUGCUGUUAGAGAGAUAUUGAUGUGUUACAGUUUCACUCUACGCUGUGACGGCUGUGUCUCAUUCACCAGCCUGACUGCAUGUCCUGCAACCUUCUCUAAUCAUACACAAGUCACUUCCUGUCAUUUUUGUGGGGAGACGGAGGUUCUCCAUUACGACUCUUUUUAUGUUUCUGUAUUUAAAUGUGAAAUCCAGCAUCUUUUUGCUUCUGCUAGAUUCUGUUUUCUUUUUCUCUUUUUAAAGAAAUGCCUAAAACUGUAAUAUUGUAGAAUAUAAUAAACUCAUUCUUGGUUUA